AUGCUAUUUACCUUGUACUUCAGACGAUGUAUCAAAAGUUUAAUUGAGAUUGUCUAUCUGUGUACCGGCACCAAUAAAAUCCCGAGCGGUAAAAUACGAAUCAGUUCAAUUGUGUGGCGUUAUAAGGUGGAUCCAGAGGAAAUCGCUAAGAGAAAGGAUUUUGUUCUUGCGCCUGGAUACCUGGACAGUGUAGAGUUGCUGAAUAAUCCUCACUGGACUAUAUACACGAUAGAAAAGGACCUGGUAGUUUUUGUUCUGUUACCAGAACCGAUCACCACCUACACUAUCGAAAAUCAUCCAUUCAUUUUCGUGCCGUUAUUUGAAAAGGUCAGUUUCCGUCUGAAGAAUUUGUUGCAAGGACCUCAUUCGCGAAUAAAGAAAACAGAGAACCGGAGAAUCCGCGAAAAAAGUUCACUGAAGCGCUCGCUGUGGCAGAAAGUCUCACGUUCGGAGUUCUUGAAAUUUGCUGAGAAUUUGCCGCAAAUCCACAGCCGAGAACCGUGCUUUUCACGAACACCGCUCGAUGUGGCAGCACACUAUUCGGCAAAGAUGUUAAACAGGCCCGGUGUAUCCGCUUGUUAUGCUGAACAUCCAGCGCUAACAGUACUUUCCAUAGCAUUGGGCGAAGAGCUUAUGAGCGAAUCUGACGUUCGAACUCUACUGCAUGCCACGGUAACGUGCCUUCGAGCACACCUCCCAGUCGAGACACUAUGCAUUUUGAAGACUCAAUCGUUCGAGGCAAGAUUGGUGCCGUUGUGCAAGGAUAUUCCGAAUCUCAAACACAUUUUCAUGUUCCGUAAGAAGGCGCUACUCUCCGUGGAAAAAGCUUGCAGACGGGCCAAUCAGCCAUCAUACUAG